CAUCUCCUAAGGAGUAUAUGAGAUAGGUGCAAACGCUGCCGCCCUUUUGGUCUCUCAAAACAUCUGUUCUGACAGCAAACUGAACUCCAUUAGUGCCUAGGGUAACGAAGAUAGGAAAAAAGAAGUGCUGGAAAUGAUGCCUUUAUGCCCUUCUCAUAAAACCCUAGUUAAACCUUUUUCCUUAUCUUCAUCUUCCCAUGUUUUCUUCACUAAAUUCGUUCCAUUCAAGCUCAACAACGCAAAAUUCUCUUUCCAUGGCAAUAAUAGACUCAAAAUUAGGGCUUCAUCGGCUUCAAAUUCUGUUGUGUCGCCGUCUACUUCUCAACAGGAAAAUUCAGAGUCUUUGCAGCUGUUUGAGAAGCUGAAGGAGGCAGAGAGAGAGAGAAUAAAUAAACUGGAGGAGCUUGACAGAAAAGCAAAUGUGCAAUUAGAACGGCAACUCGUCAUGGCUUCAAAUUGGAGCAGGACGUUACUGACCAUGCAGCAGAAGUUAAAGGGAACGGAGUGGGACCCUGAAAGUUCACACAAGAUUGACUAUAGUGAAUUCUUAAGACUCCUUAAUUCAAACAAUGUUCAAUAUAUGGAGUACUCAAAUUACGGGCAGACAGUAUCAGUGAUUCUACCAUAUUAUAAGGACGGAGAAUCAAAAGUUGACUCAAAGAAGGAUAUUGUUUUCCGGCGGCAUGUUGUUGACCGUAUGCCUGUUGAUAGCUGGAAUGACGUUUGGCAAAAGCUGCAUCAACAAAUUGUCAAUGUUGAUAUCCUUAAUGUGAAUACUGUUCCUGCAGAAGUCUAUUCCAGUGUUGCAACUAUUGUUGUCUGGUCAAUGCGGCUUGCUCUUGCUAUAGGAUUGUACAUCUGGAUUGAUAAUAUGAUGAGGCCAAUCUACGCAAAAUUAAUUCCUUGUGAUUUGGGAAGCCCCCCUAAAAAGAUAAGGCAGCCAAUAAAAAACGAGACACUUGGAUCGUUAGGCGAGAGUCGGGCGAAAUUUAUAUCAGCAGAAGAAACAACUGGUGUCUCCUUUGAUGAUUUUGCGGGACAGGAAUAUAUAAAGAGGGAAUUGCAAGAGAUUGUUCGAAUACUCAAGAAUGAUGAAGAAUUCCAAAAUAAAGGCAUAUACUGUCCUAAGGGCGUGCUACUUCAUGGCCCUCCUGGGACUGGUAAAACCCUUCUAGCAAAGGCUAUAGCUGGUGAAGCAGGUCUUCCUUUCUUUGCAGCGAAUGGCACGGAUUUUGUCGAGAUGUUUGUUGGAGUUGCAGCAUCUCGUGUGAAGGAUCUUUUUGCUAGUUCAAGAUCAUAUGCUCCUUCCAUCAUCUUUAUAGACGAAAUUGAUGCUAUUGGUAGCAAACGUGGUGGUCCUGACAUUGGCGGGGGUGGCGCAGAAAGGGAACAAGGCCUGCUUCAAAUAUUAACAGAAAUGGAUGGGUUUAAAGAGUCAACAUCUCAGGUGCUAGUUAUCGGAGCAACCAAUAGGCUGGAUAUUCUUGAUCCUGCACUUUUGAGGAAAGGUCGUUUCGAUAAAAUAAUAAGGGUUGGUUUGCCGUCUAAAGAUGGUAGAUUGGCUAUAUUGAAGGUGCAUGCAAAAAACAAAUAUUUUCGUUCCGAGGAGGAGAAGGAUACCCUAUUGCUGGAACUUGCAGAGAAAACAGAAGAUUUUACUGGAGCAGAACUACAGAAUAUACUGAAUGAAGCUGGUAUUUUGACGGCCAGAAAGGAUUUGGACUACAUAGGACGAGAAGAACUUCUUGAGGCCUUGAAAAGGCAAAAGGGAACAUUUGAAACAGGUCAAGAGGAUAAAAGUGAAGUUCCUGAGGAGCUAAAACUGAGGCUGGCAUACAGAGAAGCAGCGGUUUCUGUUCUUGCAUGCUACUUUCCAGAUCCCCACCGUCCAUUUAUGGGGACAGAUAUCAAUUCUGUUAGGGGCCAAUCAAACAUGCGCUACGUAGAUAUUUCAGGCCGGGUGUUUAAAAGGAAAUCAGAUUAUGUGAAUUCCAUAAUCCGUGCUUGUGCUCCCAGAGUAAUUGAAGAGGAGAUGUUUGGAUUAGAUAAUUUAUGCUGGAUAUCUGCAAAAGCUACAUCAGAAGCUUCAAUGCUAGCUGAAUUUUUAAUUCUCCAGUCAGGAAUGACAUCGUUGGGGAAGGCGUUCUACCGAAAGAAAAAUGAUUUAGUACCAAAUCUUGCAGCCAAACUUGAAGCACUUACCGAUGAGUACUUGCGUUUUGCUAUGGAAAAAUGUUAUUCUGUCUUGAGAGAAUAUCAUUCUGCUGUAGAAGAGAUCACAGAUAUUCUGCUUGAGAAAGGGGAAAUUGAAGCUGAUGAAAUUUGGAAUAUCUACAGAAAUUCCCCUCGGAUAUCUCAGCCAAGUGUGAUCCCGGUGGAUGAAUAUGCUGCAUUGAUACAUGCGGGAAGGUGGGGAAUCCAUGGUGCUUCACUUCCAGGUAGGGUGACAUUUGCACCCGGCAAUGUUGGAUUUGCAACUUUUGGUGCCCCUCGUCCAAUGGAGACUCAAAUUGUUAGUGAUGAUACCUGGAAGCUAGUCGACAAAAUCUGGGACACACGCGUUCAAGAAAUUAGAGAUGGGGUGUCAAGAGAAAUCGAAGCAGAAAAGGAGAAGCCACAUGUUUUGGUUGCCAGCCAUUUCCUAUGACCGUUGCUCCUUUUCUAUGAACAUGAACUCGGGGAUGACGAUUGGCAAUGUUGAACUUCGUGAAGGUCUCUAUCUUCUCAAUGUGAACACUUCAUCAACUCCCGAUUCCACAACUAGUAAGAUUCGUGUCAAGCCUCCGCUAGAGCAUGUUCGUAGCCUUAGGUCCAUCUUCCAGUCGAAUAAAGAGAGUGCAAUUAUGUUGUGGCAUUCUCGUCUAGGUCGUCCUAAUUUUUCAUAUAUGAGACAUUUGUUUCCAUCAUUGUUCUUUCACAUAAAUCAGAACUAUUUACAUUGUGAAGUAUGCCAACUCGCAAAGCACACACGUAGCACUUUUUCUCCACAACCUUACAAACCAAGUCACCCCUUCUCACUCAUUCAUGGUGAUAUUUGUAGACCAACCAAGAUCCCAAAUAUCACGGGUGCUCGAUGGUUUUUAUUGGUGGUUGAUGAUCAUACUCGAUUAUGUUGGACAUUUCUGAUGAAGGAUAAAACUGAAACUAAUCCCAUAUUCCAACAUUUUCAUGCCAUGGUCCAAAACCAGUUUAAAACCAAUAUUCAAAUUCUCAAAAAACUGACAAUGCGAAGGAUUUAUUCAAUUCAAAUCUUGGUUCUUAUCUCAAUUCUCAUGGAAUUGUUCAACAAAACUCAUGCGUGGACACAUCACAACAAAAUGGUGUGGCUGAAUGCAAAAACUGUCACAUCCUCGAAAUUGCUCGAGCCUUGCUCCUUCAAACCCGUGUUCCCAAAAAAAUUUGGGCCGAUAUUCUUCUAACCGCCACGUAUCUCAUUAAUCGAUGCCUUCUCAUGUCCUUACGUUCAAAUCUCCCUUGCAAAUUUUUCAUGAAAUAAACCAACCUCCAGACUUUUAUCUCAGAUCCCACUGAAAAAUUUCGGUUGUGUUGCUUUCGUUCAUGUUCACCCUCACAAUUGCAGCAAACUUGAAGCUCGCUCUGUUAAAUGCGUUUUUCUUGGAUACUUGGCAAAUCAAAAAGGCUAUAAAUGUUACUCACCGGUAACACAAAAAUUCUAUGACACUAUGGAUGUGACAUUCUUUGAGCAUACACCAUUCUUUCUCAAUUUUGCAAUUCACGGGGAGAAAAGCACUCAGGAAUCACAAAAUUGGGAAUGGACAACCAUCUUUGAGUCGAGAACAAGUCAUCCUUCUCAUGCAUCGUCUCCUCAAAUUUCACCUGAUUCGUCUGAAAUAAGUCGUCAAUCUGGAGUCCGUCCUAAACACCUUAAUCUCCCUGAUGAAGAAAUAAAGUUUACACAAGAAGAGAAAAACCUUUGGAACCAGAACGAAACCAACAAAUCAAGAAUCUUUCCCUAGUUCAGUCCAUCCUGAAACGUUACACAAUGAGACAGAAUCGAGUACAAAAUCAGACUCCGAGGAGAUAAUAGCAAAUGAUCCAAAGAUGGAUUUGCCCUUUGCUCAAAGAAAAGGGAUUCAAUCAUGUACUCAACACCCACUUCGAAGCUAUAUCUCAUACUCAAACUUGUCAGAGAAAUUUCGAUCCUUUGUGACUUCCUUGGAUAAAACUGCGAUUUUGAGUUUUGUUUAUGAAGCUUUGAAGGUACCAGAAUGGCGAAAAGCAACCUUCGAUGAGUACAAUGCUCUUGAAAAGAAUGACACAUGGCUCCUAACAUCUUUGCCACCCGGUAAAGAAAACCGUGGGAUGUAAAUGGAUUUUUUCAAUAAAACAUAAUGCAGAUGGAAGCAUAGAUAGAUACAAGGCUCGUCUAGUGGCAAAAGGGUUCACUCAAUCUUAUGGAAUUGAUUACCAGGAAACAUUUGUCUCGGUAGCCAAACUUAAUAUUGUUCGUGUUCUAUUGUCUAUUGCUGUCAACCAAGACUGGCCUUUAUUCCAACUCGAUUUAAAAAAUGCUUUCUUGAAUGGAAGCCUAUGUGAGGAAGUGUAUAUGGAUGUACUGGCCGGUUUUGAAACGGAAAAAACAAAAGGAAAUGUGUGCAAGUUGGCAUUAUAUGGGCUCAAACAAUCUUCGAGAGCUUGGUUUGACAGGUUCUGUAAAGUGCUCUAACAAGAUGGUUAUUCAGAGUCUCAAGCAUAUCACACGUCGUUCAUCAAACACUUCCCAGAUGGGAAAAUUACUGUGCUAAUUGUCUACGUUGAUGAUAUUGCCCUUAUACGAAAUCACGAAGAAGAAAUGAGAAGACUGAAGAUUGUUUUAUCCAAAGAAUUUGAAAUCAAAGACCUUGGGCAUCGUACUUUCUGGGAAUGGAAGUAGCCAGGUCGAAAGAGGGGAUCUCUGUCUCUCAACGCAAGUAUGUCCUGGAUCUCCUACAUGAAACUGGCAUGAGUGGUUGCAAGCCGGUUGAAACUCCUAUGGAUCCUAAUACGAAACCGAUAUCUCGGAGUGAAGACGAAGCAGCUAAUAAGGGGCGAUACUAACACUUGGUGGGAAAGUUAAUAUAUUUGACACACACUCGUCCUGAUAUAAGUUUUUCCGUCGGAAUUGUAGUUUUUAAGCAAUCCCUCAAUGGACCAUAUGAAGGAUGUGAUUCGAAUUCUAGGUACCUGAAAAAGGAUCUUGGAAAGGGAUUAAUGUUCAAGAAAACACUCAAUCGGUCUCUCAAAGUUUAAACAGAUGCAGACUGGGGCAGAUCCCCUAUCAACGGGAGAUCUACAUCCGGUUAUUGUUCAUUUGGUUGGGGAAACUUGGUGACAUGGAAAAGUAAAAAGCAACAUGUUGUAUCUCGAAGCAGUGCCGAAUCCGAGUUUCGAGCUUUAGCUCACGGUAUGCGAAGGAAUUUGGCUAAAUCGACUGAUACUGGAACUUAAGUGUGGAAUUUCUGGCCCUAUCAAGAUGAUGUGUGACAACCAGUCAGUGAUAGCUAUGGCUAAAAUUCCAAUCCAUCAUGACAGAACGAAACAUGUGGAAAUUGACACGCACUUCAUAUGUGAGAAAAUAGAAGGAAACAUUAUUUCUCUCAACCAUGUUCCCUCUAGGCAGCAAGCAGCAGACAUUUUAACCAAGGCCCUGUUUAGACCUCACCUCAUUGAACUAAGCUCUAUGCUUGGUCUAACAGACAUAUUCCAACCAGUUUGAGGGGGAGUGUAGGAAAACAAACCGGUGGAAAUAUUAUGUGCUGAUUAUUAGGAAUCAAUCUCCUAUAAUCAGUGAUUUUGUUGUAUAUUCCCUCUAUAGAUAGAGUGAUUUGUUGUAUGUUUUCCUUUUUCCUCUUUGGUAAUUUAUUUGGUAGGAUCUUUUUCUUGUGUAUAUACAUUGGUGUAUCAUUCUCUUCAUAUCAAGAUAGAGAGAAUUAUUCCCAACUAUUUUUGCUACAGAUUUUACCUCUGUGUCAGAGAAGUCACAAAUCUAUCUCAAAUUCUUUUAACUGAGCUGACCAUUACCACUCAAUUGUUUUUCUGGUUAAUGGGUACCUAAUUAAUACCCGCUUAGCCCGGAUAUUUCCUUUUUAAUUAUUUGAAACACUAAAAUCAGUGAUUAGUUGCUAAUAAAGCAGGAGAUAGCGGCCUUAACCGA